AGGUUCGCCUUCGUCGGCGCCGGCAAGAUGGCCGAGGCCAUGCUCGCGCCGCUGGCGAAGACCGAGAUCCUGGGCGCUCUGCCGGAGAUCACGUUCUACGACGUGUCCUGCGCCGUCGCGCAGCGCGUCGCGACCAAGUACCCGGCGGCGGCGCGCGCCGAGACGCUGGAGGCCUGCGUGGACGGCGCGGACGUCGUCGUCCUGUGCACGAAGCCGCAGAACUGCGACGCCGUCUUCGACCGGCUCAGGCCCCUCGUGGCCGACGCGGACCCCGUGCUCCUGUCCAUCCUGGCCGGCGUGCCCAUGCACCGCUACUACGACGGGCUGGGCCUGUCGAAGAUCGCGCGGUCCAUGCCGAACACGCCGGGGCAGAUCGGCGCGGGGGUGACCGUGUGGACGAAGAACGCGGCCGCGGCCUUCAGCGACGACGAGGUCGUGCUCUGCCGCGAGGCGUUGAAAGCCAUGGGCACGGAGAUCUUCGUCGAGGACGAGUCCUUCAUCGACAUGUCGACGUCGAUCAGCGGCUCGGGCCCCGCGUACGUCUUCAUGCUCAUCGAGGCCAUGGUCGACGCGGGCGUCCAGGAAGGCUUCUCGCGGGACAUCGCCACGGAACUGGUCCACCAGACGAUCCUGGGCAGCGUCCAGUACUCCAUCGCGUCGGGCGAGCACCCCGCGGUGCUCAAGAACUCGGUGACGUCGCCCGCGGGCACGACCGCGUCCGCGAUCUACACGCUCGAGCGCGGCAACUUCCGCACGGUCGUCCAGGACGCGAUCUGGGCCUGCUACCGCCGGUCUCUGGAGAUGGGC